AUGGAUGGAAAGAGCCUGGAUGAGCUGGAUGAUGAUGAUGGCGGAGAGAAGGACAGGAGGGAGGAGGAGGAGCUGGUUCAGGCCAACACGUUUCAGAAUGAGUCGAUGACAGCUGACCCUGCCACUGGCUACUUACUGGAGACUCCAAGAUCUGGAAGCGGCCGCUACAAGAGCUUUCCACAAAUGGGGUUGGAGGAGGACACCGGCGGUAACAGCCGACAGCGACACAACCGCCACGGCCGAGAUGGAGGAGCUUCAGCACCUGGAAGUCUGGAGAAAAGGAUAGAAGACCUGGAGAGGGAGCUGGCCAGAGAGCGUCAGGAGAACGCCAGGUUGCUGAAAGCCUACCAGGACAAAGAUGAUCUCAUUGGGAAGCUGAAGGAGGAAAUCGACUUGCUGAACCAAGACCUGGAUGACAUCGAAGAUGAGAACGAGCAACUCAAACAAGAGAACAAGACUCUGCUGAAAGUGGUAGGCCAGCUGACGAGGUAGAACCAGAUCCGGCACAACAGCCCAGCAACUCUGUCGUCUCCCCUCUCCAAACCAGCCUCCUGCUCUGGGUCAAGUCCAGCAGGGUCACCUUUUAUGUGUUUGAAUCUGUGUUUUUUGUCUGUUAGAGUGAGACUGUAAAUCAGCUGUCAUCUGAGGCGCACAGCCUUAAAAUGCAUCCCUCCUAUCUGAGGAGGAUUAUUCCAAUUGUUGUGAAAGCUGAACUGAGUGGUGGGGAUUUUCGGUUAUCCUAUACAUAUUAUAUGUAAAUGUAUUGUAUAUAGGCCAUUUAGAUUGUUAAUUUUUUUUCAUUUCUGAUAAGGACAUUAAAAAAAAAAAGAUGCUAAAAUACAUUGAAUGUAUGUGCUACAAAAACAAGCGCACACAAAGUCUUUUCAAACAUCUCCACAAACUACACCCAAUACUCACACAGGUAAACUGAAGAAGAUUUCCAUUGUUGCAAUGUUUGAAUUGUGUCUGAAGCCAGUGCAGUGCUGCUGUUUAGGACCAAAUCCAAUAUAAUUAGUGCUACAGUAUCAGCAGCCAAAGUGGGCAUAGUGCCUUGCAAUGCAUGUGAGAUUUUUUUUUUUUAAAUGGUUAAAGCCUGGUGCUUUAUUAAUGGACACUGGUGCCAGAUUUACUUUCUUCCAAUAACUUUUUGGUACAUCUUAAUCCCACAAGUGCUAAUCUGCAAAAAAAUUGCAUUUUGAAUAUAUCCCAUUUAAACAAUCAGUUUAAAAAUAAUAUCAAUAAAAUGCUUUACUCAUUUCAGUGUCGACAUCUUGAGUAUUAUAGCUGACACUUAUGAAACGUCUUUGGGUAAAAUCCUUCUCUAUCAUAUAUGUGGAUUCAUUUUCUUAAAAAAUAUUUUGCUCUUGUUUACAAGUUCAGCCUUUGUGAUAUUUAAUAGAUGUUUAGUACCGAGUGUUCUGGGCCUUUAAUAUGCGGUUUAAACAGAAUUAAUUGGCAGUUUUGAAAAUUGUGAGAGCAAAACUGAAGACACUGUGAUCAAAAUGUUUUCUUGCAAGAAAAACGUCUUUGUAAAUCCAACGUUUUUGGAAAUCUAAAAGUUGUUUAUGAAUUCAAAAGUUUUGCUUAUUCAAAAGUUUCAUAGCAAAGAUGCUACAUCUGACCUGUUCCAUGUAGACUGCUGUUUUAUAAUGAGCUGUAUGAAUUGGCAGCAAUUGAUAUUGAAUGCUAAGAUUGAAGUACUGAAGUUGAGACUAUACAAAUGUUCACUGAUUUUCAAUUUUUUUGGAAAACAGAGUAUCAGUGCUCUUUACCAGGGGUGUUCCCGGCAUCUAAUUUUACUUGUCACUUAAAUAUGAGGGGGGAAAAAUCAGAAUAAUAAAGUAUUUGAAGAUGCAUUUGAAAAUCUUUAUAUUCUCCAGCAAUCUGACUAUAUUUUAAAAAUGUGCUAAAUGUAACACUUUCUGGCUUGACUUCAACAUAUUAGAUCAGUUAGCUGAGUGUGGCUAAAGCUAGCACCAGCAAUCGUUUCUCCUUUAAAGUCCACAAACCUGUCUAAAUGAAUAUAGCCAUGUAAUGUUCUGGCUAUGUGUCACUUUCAUCUGAUAGAGUGGAUGUAAAACCAUUAAUUUUCUAGGUCCAAGUACUGCGUGAUUAAUGCAGUGAGAUCGAGAUCUUAUUUUCCACCUUACUCUUCACAACUUCCUGUCAUAGAGACGAAGAGGGUUGCUGCUAUAUGUGAAUGCUGACCGGGUGUGUAACCUUUUUAGACGCAACGAUUGGCUGGCACUGUACAUUAAUAAAAUGUGGAAAAAAUAGGCUCUCAUAUAUUUUGGUUGCCACUUAGUAGGCCAGCAUUAUUUAGGCCCCAGUCACACAGGCCUAGAGACCAGUCGAUGAACGGCUAGUAACUAGAGAAAAAUUGGUAUUUCCUGACUGGUUGGCAAGUGGUUGUGGGAGGUUGCCUGUUAGGUCUUGUGAAAUUUGUCACAAGGAAUUAUGUUGCUGCACUAAAAAAAAACAACCUUGCAAUUGCUUCAGUCACUAGCAGAAUUCUGUAGUUCCCUGUAGUUUGCUUGGAAGAGGAGUUAUCUGCAAAUAUUUGCUAGCUACUCGCAGAGCGGUUGUGAAACAAACUGGAAAUGGAGACCGUUUGCCUUAGAAUAAAAGUUAAGCCUUGUGAAACAUGUCGAUUUCGGCAAUAAGGCACAACUUUUACUUUGAAAGUGUCUUACAUAUUUCUUUGUAGCUCAGACCCGUGAGAUUCAGGUCAACGGUAAGCAAAGCUUCUGCUUUUGUAAACAGUACAUUUGGAAUAAUAUUUUAAAUGAUAAAUUUUACUUGCACCUAAACUAUUUUAGGUCUAAUAUUUACAGUUUCUUUAUUGUAAACCCUGCUGUUUAAUAACACAGAAGUAACUCCAUAUUUUACUUCUGUUCUUCUGCCUUCUAGAAUGCAUGGAGUGAGUUAUAGUGCAUUUUCUUUUUGUAUGAUAACCAAAUGAACUGAAGGAGCAUACUGUUUGAAAUGCAUCUCUUUUGUUUACUCAAGGGAACAGGCUUUGAUGGUAGCAUAAUUUUACUUUCUUAUUUUAUUUAGCCGCUCCUCUCCCAGCGAGGAGGUGCACGGUGAUCUCAUGCGCUGUGGCAAAUGAUCUUUAGGCUCACUGCUUCCACAUACAUUCACAUGUUUUGGGGUAAAGAUCAUCCCCACGUAGACAGACACCACAGACCCAUCUCUCUUUCCACUGCAUUAUGCAUGUACAGAAGAUUAAGUCAUUUAAUAAAAGUUUGAUUAUCUCUCUCCUCA